GGGACGGACGUCGGAAGAGCGGCCAGUGUUAGGUCCCUCUUCGGCGUCAGAUUGAGGUCUUCGGCGCUCAGGGGCAGAGAGACGCCAGCCUGGAGGCAGGAAGCUCUCAGGCAGCCUAGGAAGGUCUCCACCUGCAGAGGAGGACGAUGGAAUUGUCGACGGGCUGCAUCCUGCAGCUAUUCCUACUUGGAAUGGCGUCUGCAAUCACACAGGUCUCCCCGCCCCCCACUGCAUCGACCUCCUCUCCUUGGAUGGAUACAUCCCUAUGCCCCCUCACCGAUUCUCUGAUGGUGUGCCAGCUGAAGAAGGGCAUGUGCUCGCCCAUCAACACCAUCUUCUCCCCUCUGGGAGGCCCUGUUAAGGCAGUCACCGUCUGCGCUAAUGCCACCGGAGCCGUGUUGGGUCCCCAGUUCUUCAUGAGUGUUGGUCUGUCUCUCCUCGCUGGGGCACCCGAAAGUCUCGCUGACAAGGCAUCUUCUGACCCAGCUACUGCCACAGCCAUACGACGAUGCGCCCUCAAUACCACAGGCCUUUUGAACCCCGACCUGCUAACCCUCAACCGAACGGCUGUCUCUAACUCCUUGAGCGAUGCCUUCAUCACUCCAGAACUAGGCGCAGCAGUAGCGGCCGCAGUCGCGUCCUGUCCUGAACCCGUUGACUACAAGCUAACAGACUUCAUACACUGUCUGAAGGUCGCCUGCAUGAACAACGUUGCGGUGACGCCCUUCAUGAACGAAGCCACCUCGCUUCUCACCGGAGCAGCCGCCCCGGCGACAUCUGCUGCUGCUAUUGUCGCUGCCAAGCAGCCGCCAGUUCCGAAGAGCCCUCCCACGGGUGCCACUUCAGGAGCUUUCCCAUACGUUGGAGCUGCUGGUGCUGGUGCUGGUGGCGGUGCCUCUGGAGCGGGAGCCUUCCCUUACGCAGGGGCCUUUGGCGGAGCCUCCGGGGCUGGAGCUUUCCCUUUUGCUGGGGCUGCUGGUGGUGGUGCCUCUGGAGCUGGCUCCUUUCCAUUUGCUGGAGCUUCUAGUGGCGGUGCUUCUGGAGCAGGAGCUUUUCCUUUUGCUGGAGCUUCUAGUGGCGGUGCCUCUGGUGCUGGGGCUUUCCCUUACGCAGGAGGAGCAGCUGGUGGCACUUCUGGGGCUGGGGCCUUCCCUUACGCUGGUGGUGCAGCUGGCUCGUUCCCCUCAUCGUCUGGUGGGGCUUCUGCUCCCAAAACAACUUAGGUUAGGGUCUUAUUGGAUAUAUAUGGUUGCAUUUGCUAGUUAAAACUAAUUUGUCAGUCAGUUUCUGGAGUCAGGUCAUUUUCACUGAAGGAGUAACUGACCAAAAGGGACAUUCUGCCAAUCAGUGGAUUAGUUAAUGUUUAUUUCAUUAAAUGGUUUUAUAAAAAAAAAUAUUCCUAGUAGCAGGAGUUUUAAACUAGAGAAACAGUUACACAACUGUAAAGUUCUUUCUCCAUUGGAAUGAUUGUUUUGGUUUUAAGUCAUAUAACUUUGUAAAAACAUGUGUUUUGUAUCUUAGUCAUAUAUCUAACGAUGGUGCCUUUAAUUUGCUGAUUUCCUAAUAAUCUGGGUCUAUAUUCACGUCAACUUGAUAGCACAAAUAUAAUUUUAGAUAAGAUUUUUUCAAAAAAAUAUAGACACAUUGGAUAUUCACUUGUAAAAUUACAGUCUUGCUGUACUAUAUGACCUAUUAAAUCUGUACAUAUUGAAUGAUACACCUU